AUGGGUUGGGUGAAGUUCGGUACACCUACCUACCUGUUGGCUCGACUGAUUCACACCCACUGCCCCUUCUCUUUGUUAUCCCAUGUGUCUGGUGUGGCCACAGGUUCGCAGACGACUGUGUUGGCGGGUGGUCGCUAUAGUGACCUGGUGCGUGAGUUGGGGGGAACGGAUAUCUCUGGGGUGGGCUGGGCGGGCGGAGUAGAGCGCUUGCAGAUACUGAUUGACGAAGUGCAUCCCAACUAUGUGCAGGACAACGGGCUGAUGCGCACCAGUGAAGUGGCCGUGUGCUCAUUGGACGGUGCUGCAUCGCACGUGCACUGUCUGCGACUGACCCAAACACUGCGCGCUGCGGGUUACCGAACUGUCUUCAAUCCAAGCAAGAGCCACUACAAACAGCUCGGGGCAGCGGACACGGCAGGCUGUCAGUAUGCGCUACUGAUUGGGAAAGACGAGGUAGAAGGAUCGUCCGUAUGCAUCAAGGAUCUACGCACAAGUGAACAGACAACGAUACCACUACAUGACGCAGUCACGUGGAUUGGCCACCAACAACCGCUGAAAUAAACGAAC